CAGAAAUUUAACUUUGUGAAAGUUCGCUUCAGUCAGGUUGUUGCUCCGCCAGCGCACGCUGCCUGCACUCUCUGCAUCGUCUUUUCUUCACGAUUCAUUGUUAUUAAUCAUAGUAAUGAUGCACGGCAAUGACGCUCUAUCGCAUGUCCUGUCUUUUAUUCUUCUCUGCAUUGGGCAGACAGCAACUUCAGCACAGUCUGCCAUGUACGAAACAGACGUGGUUAUACCGCAGGAGCUGCGACAAGAGGAGGUGCACCUGCUCCGGGGAGACUACAGGUGGAGCAGAGGUCGUAGACGACGUUCGAACCAUCAGCAGGAAGACCACCUGUUUUUGCGGCUGCCAGCUUUCGGAAAGGAACUGUACUUGGAGCUCCAGAGGGACGACUCUUUCCUGGCUGAGGGGUUUGUGACGGAGGAAAGGAGCGAGGGGGGUAGCGUUCAGCACGAGCCGGCUUUUGGGGUCCGGCGGUGUCUGUAUACUGGAUCUGUUCUCAAUCACACAGACUCUUUCGCCUCAUUGGACGCCUGUGGUGGACUGACCGGCCUGGUUAAGACUGCAGAUGACAGCCUGUUCAUCGAGCCAGUGGGCCAGACUGUGGAUUCCUUCUCUGGCUCUGAACACCGAGUGAUUCGGCGCAAGCAUUCUUCCUCAGACACAUCUGCUGGAGACAGCAGCUCCAAAUUCUGCCAAACCAUCCAAGAAAUCCAGACUCAUCAGACCAGACAACAUUUUUCCAGUCUUCAACUGUCCAAUUUUGACAAAAAGAAGGAGAAAAAGAUGAAAGGGGCAGAGGAGGCGAGGGGCAGGAGGAACGCCAUCCGUCUGACCAGAGAGUACACGGUAGAGACGCUAGUGGUGGCCGAUGCAAACAUGGUGCAUUACCAUGGUGCAGAGGCUGCCCAACGCUUCCUGCUCACCAUCAUGAACAUGGUGUACAACAUGUUUCUGCACCAGAAUUUGGGUGUGAGGUUGAAUAUCCGAGUCACCAAGCUGGUUCUCUUGCACAGCCGUCCGGAAAAGUUAAAGGUGGGCCAUCAUGGAGAAAAAGCCCUGGAGAGCUUCUGUCACUGGCAGCACGAGGAAUACGGUGCUCGUUUCCUGGGCAACAAUCACGUUCCCGGAAGCAGAGAUGAUCCACCUCCUGUGGAUGCGGCCGUGCUGGUCACCAGAACAGAUUUUUGUGUCCACAAAAAUGAGCCUUGUGAUACAGUUGGAAUUGCUUAUUUGGGCGGCACCUGCAGUGCCAAGAGGAAGUGUGUACUGGCGGAGGACAACGGACUCAACCUGGCUUUCACUAUCGCUCACGAGCUGGGUCACAGCAUAGGGAUAAGCCACGAUGAUGACCAUCCCAGGUGCACAGGCCACUCUCACAUCAUGUCUGGUGAAUGGGUUAAGGGUCGUAACCCCAGCGACCUGUCCUGGUCGACCUGCAGUCGUGAUGACCUGGAAAAGUUUCUGAGAUCCAAGUCGAGUUCCUGUCUGCUGCACACAGACCCCCGUAACCGCUACCUUGUUCGCCUGCCAGCCAAACUACCCGGGAUGCACUACAGCGCUGACGAACAGUGCCAGAUUCUGUUCGGCACCAACGCAACCUUCUGCACUGAUAUGGAGCACCUGAUGUGUGCGGGUCUUUGGUGUUUGGUUGAAGGAGACGCAUCAUGUAAGACUAAACUGGAUCCACCUCUCGAUGGCACUGAAUGUGGUGCUGACAAGUGGUGCAGGGCCGGUGAGUGUGUCAGCAAAACUCCAAUCCCUCAACAUGUGGAUGGAGACUGGAGUCCAUGGGGCGCGUGGAGCAUGUGCAGUCGAUCGUGUGGCACCGGAGCACGUUUCAGGCAGAGGAAAUGCGACAAUCCCCCGCCCGGCCCAGGAGGAAAGUACUGUCAGAAAGCAAGUGUGGAGCACAAAGUGUGUGAGGGACCACCCUGUUCGAAAGGUCUGCCCACGUUUAGAGACCAGCAGUGUCAGUCUCAUGACCGCCAGGCCAGUAAGAAGAAAAACCAAAUGUGGACAGCUGUGAUCAAUGAUGAAAAGCCGUGCACUCUGUAUUGUACGCCAGUGGGCAAAGAUGCUUCAGUUUUAGUGGCGGAGCGCGUGCAGGAUGGUACGCCAUGUGGACCCUACGAGAGCGACAUGUGUGUAAGCGGAAAGUGUCAGAAAAUCGGAUGUGACAGCAUUAUCGGUUCAUCCGCUAAAGAAGAUCGGUGCGGUGUCUGCAACGGGGACGGCAAGUCGUGCAAAAUCAUCAAAGGAGACUUCAACCACUCCAGAGGGAUGGUCCCCCGUAGCCAUUGUAAGAAGGUUUCUACGUGUGUGAUGUCGAAACCCAGAGCUGUUCUCAAGUGUUUCUCAUGUUACAUCGAGGCAGUGGUCAUUCCGGUGGGAGCACGGAGAAUCAAAAUUGUGGAGGACAAACCGUCCCAUAGCUUUCUGGCCUUGAAGGACUCCAGCAAACGAUCCAUAAAUAGUGACUGGAAAAUCGAGCUGCCUGGAGAGUUUGAAAUUGCUGGUACUACGGUCCGAUAUGUGAGGAGAGGACUGUGGGAAAAGAUGUCUGCCAAGGGACCUACUAAGAUGCCACUUCAUCUCAUGGUUCUUCUGUUUCACGAUCAGACGUAUGGGAUCCACUAUGAGUACACUGUUGCCCUUAACCAAUCGCAGGAGAACCGCAGCGAGACAGUAAAAGAACCUGAUCACAUGUACCUGUGGACUCAUAGCAGCUGGGAGGACUGCACCGUGUACUGCGGUGGAGGAGAGAGAAGGACUGUGGUCUCGUGCAUGAGGAUUGUCAACAAGACCAUGACCCAAGUGAACGACAGCUAUUGUCAGGUGGAUAACAGACCUCCGCCACAGAUUCGCCAGUGCAACACACACCCCUGCCAGUACAGGUGGGUCACUGGUGACUGGGGGCAGUGUUCAGCAACUUGCGGUAAAGGUCUGCAGGAGCGGGAAGUUGGCUGCGUAUACCAGCUGCAGAAUGGCACGUACAUUCACACCAGAGACCUGUACUGCGUCAGCUCCAAACCAGCCGGCGUACAACACUGUGAGGGUCGAGACUGUCUAACCGUUUGGGAGGCCUCCGAGUGGUCCAAGUGCUCCUCUGAAUGUGGUCGAGGCAUCAGGAAGAGGACGGUGACCUGCAGAAAUCCUCAGGGCCUUUGUGAUCCUGCAUCUUGCCCUCCAAAAGAGGAGACCUGUGAGGAUCACACCAAAUGUUAUGAGUGGAAGACCGGUGAAUGGUCUAAGUGCUCAUCAUCAUGUGGGCGGGGCUUGCAAUCCAGAGUUGUUCAGUGUAUGCACAUAGUGACAGGUCGCCAUGGCAGCGACUGUCCAGGAGUUCAGAAGCCACCCGCAUACAGACAGUGUCAACAGGGGAUGUGUAAUGUCAAAGUCAACGUCAACACCAUCACGUCCCCUAGACUCGCUGCGUUGACAUACAAGUGCACAGGAGACCAGUGGGCGGUAUAUUGCAAGGUGGUCCGAGAGAAGAACCUGUGCCAGGACAUGCGCUGGUACCAGCGCUGCUGCCAAACCUGCAGAGACUUUUACACCAGCAAAAUGCCACCCAAGAGUUAAUGAUCCCACACAUAAACACAGAGGUUUAUUUUUGCCUAUUAUAUUUGUACUGUCAAAAUAAUGUUUUAUAAAUUGAAAUCAGCAGUGGAAAAACUAACAAGAUGCACAAAAGGACCUAAACAUUCUUUAUUCACAUAUGUGAAUACAUUUAACUAUGCAAUGUCUGAAAUGUCUGACUGCAAUUCACAAAGCAACGAAAGUGUGUUAUCUCAGCAUUGCAGCCAGGGGUGCUAUAGCAGGCAUUAUCUGGAAUACUCAAUUCUGAUUGGUCAGUCACAUCAUCCAACAGUCGAAUAUAUACCGUUCAAUCGAAUAACCAGCACAAAUCAUGUGGACUACUUUAUUGGUGCUACUUAAUUGCUUAACAAUUAACGUGGAUUAGUAUUUUUUCCAAAUACUUAUGCGGCAAGUAGUUGUGUUAAAGCCCAGUCACACCAAAGACGAUAACAAGGAGAUAAUAAGGAGAUUGAGCAACUAUCUAGCAAACACGAUUGUCUCUUUUAUCAUAAACCAUUACGAUGCGACUGUAGCAGGAACAUAUUUUGACUUGAUGUGCAAUGCACAUAAACCCUUUUACUGUUUAUACACAAUGAUGACGUGGCAACGUUUGCGCGCGCAUUUUGGCAACGAAAGUAUGGCAAGAAUCAGCAGUGAAGCAACACAAAGUUAUUUUUAAAAAGUUGACUUAUCAACUUUUUCAACACAGCUACCAGAUCCGUGUACUAUAGUGGAGUGGAUAGAAGACGUUAGCAGAUGGCCAAAUAUAAUACAUAUAUACGUAUAUUAGUAUGUAAUAUUAGUGCAACCAAACACAACAACCAGGCAUUUUGAUGCUGGAAAACCGUUUUGAUAAACUUUCUGAGUUGCUAACACAUUAGAACCACUGGGAAACAACACCACAUCCGUUGCCAAAAUGCGCGCCCAGGCUAUUUGAUCACGUGAGCUGUUAAAGGGUCUAUAGGUUCACAUAUUUUGACAUGACGAUCCACACACGACAAUGUUUUGACGAGUUUCACAUCCGUGCCUCCUCGGAAAAGAAGUCAGCAGCCGCAUCUGAAAUUACCAAAACCCAAUAUACCACCUAGUGCUAGCUGGGAUCACUUUUAGAUUGAUUUUUACAGCUGAAAAAUGAUCAAACAUAAUUAAAUGAUAGCACAAUGUUGUCGUCUGUUGGUGUGGAUGCUCAUAAAGUUAUAUAAACAUAAUCAUGUUUAUAGUUAUUGAUCUUUGAUGAGGACUUAAGCCGCCUUCACACUGUGUCCUCUUGCGAAUGGUUGGUUUUACAAUAAGGACGUCCUGACUGUACACUUAUUCAUUUCCCGUGGUGGUGGUGCAGCAGAUUGAAGAUUAAAUCUUGAUUCAUUAAAUGUAUAAAGAUAUAGUAUUAUCUGUAGGGCUCCUUGAGUCAGCACCAUUGUCAUUUAGGAGCGCAUACGUGUUUGCAUGUUUGCGUGAAGUAUGUUUCGGACCUGAAAACUUUAUUUGAUUUGGAAAGAGCUCCAUGUUUGUCGUGUUUUGCUGUAAAUCAAACUUGGCUCUGGAAAAUAUUUUUUUCAGCAAUACUGGCCUGCCUGUUGCACUGUGUAAAGCUGGAUAAUGAAUCGUUUCCAAAGAUAGCCAGCUGAGUGCUUUCUUAAGGCCACUGGUUGGCCAAAAUCAUAUGAACUCUAAUUUUUUUUCUGAUUUGUAUUGUUAUAUAGGCUCUGUUACAAAAGCAUGUGAGCUCCAUUGCUGUCAUCGUGCCACUGCCAAUCUUUACAGUGCAAUACUGCCUCACUAGAUUUGGGAACAGAGCCAUAAUUACAAUGAAACGCCUAGCGUUGUUUUUGCAUAAAGUGUCACCUUUACGCUCUCUGUACAAACAGGUGACCCAUUAGUCAAAAGAAAGUAUUUUUUUAUAACAACCAAUGGCUAAUUGGAGGGUCCUGAGGAGAUGACCCAGGAUGUGGCCACCUUUCUUUUCUCAUGUAGGUUAUUCAUGGUGCAAUUAAACAGUGGCCCAUAUGCUGUUUAUAAUCACAUUAUUAAUCAAACUUUGUAUAUGUGUUAGAUGUUUGUCGUCGUGCUGUUUUAUACAUUUUUAAUAUACAUGAUCUCUGGUGCAGUGUAAAGUGAAAAAAAGACCAAAGAUGUGUCUCAUAAAACAUUAAGGUGUUCAAUUGACCCUGAUAAAUGAUCAUUCUCUCAUUAUUUACUCACCUUCGUGUCUUUCCAAACCUCUAAAGGAUGUUUUAAAUAUAUGAGCGAGCCAAUUACAAUUAAAAUAAGUAUUUGGAACAACAAAGGGAUUAGUAAAUGAUGAGCGAAUUUACAUUUCUUUUUCCUUUAAGGUUCAGUGAAAUCAUGGUGUCCUUUAUGUGUCUUAUUUUAAGAUCAUCUGUCGGUCUAAUGGUGCUUUGUUGUCACAAUGAAUGCACUUAGCUGCCAACAAUUGACUUUGGUGCUUUAACAAUCCGAUUUUCACAGCAUGUCAUCUACCUGAAUAUAAGAAAAUAAUACACCAUGUGUGUCCUAAUCUAGCAAUAUUCUUAGAAAUAAACUGAAUAUUCUUGAAGGCUUUUCACACCAUGCUUUAAGGACACAUAUUAUGCAAAAUCCACUUUUACAAGGUGUUUAGAAAUAAAUAUAUGUUGGCAGUUUGUGAACACAACAACCCUACUAUGAAAAAUAUCCACCCUCUUCUUCUUUUUUAUUGCCCUUUAAACCAAAGUGCUUAGACACGCUGUUCUGAUUUUCUUGUUAAUGUGACUUCACACAAACAAAGCCCCACCCAUGGCCACUGACUGACAGUUUAAUAUUACCCAAAAGCAUUUCUAAACGUGUUUGUUAGCACAUUCCAGCGCUAAUAUGGCUAAAUACAGACUGUAUUCAUAGGAAUCAGAUCUAUUUUUAGCCGAAAGCACUCACUGUCUGUUUGUAAUGCUGCAUUUACACCAACCGCGGUAGAGGCGUGAAGCGCGAGUGAUUUUAAUGUUAAGUCAAUAUGAAGACGCGUUGACGCGCGUCAGGAGGUCCCUCGGCGCGGAAGAGGCGUUCGGCGUGGAAGACGCGUUUCCGCCUCUUUCGCGUGUGAAGCUCGCGCGAAUUGAGCGUUGUGCGCGGUAAGCGCGAAUGGUGGUUUUUGUGCAUCUUGCGGUUCACGCGAAUUUGCGGCUGACGCCCGAGUUGAAAAAUUUGAACUUUGGCGGAAUUUCGCGCCGCGUUAACCAAUCAGGAGCCUGCUUGCUGCUGUGGUGGCAGCCCAGCCCAGAGUCACUCAUUCAACCAAGGCUUGAUAUUGUCCAUAAGCAGACACCCGGAGCUAUACGACACAAGUUCUUAUUUCUAUAGAGGAGACAGGAAUAAAAAGGACCUCGCUUGGAAGAGUGUCAGUGAGGACAUUGGGC